AUGUCCGACCAACCGAUACCAAGUUCUGGCUGGUCAACUGCCCAACAGCCGGCCAAUGUGUAUUACUUCCGCCCCUACAGUUUCUAUUGGCCAGGAGCCUUCAUCUUCAUUGGCGCAUUUGCUUGCUCCGGCCUAACUGGGACCGUGAGCCGCAGCACCAGUAUCCUCCUGUGGGCUGUCUACCUCGUCAGCUUCCUUAUUAUCUUGUUGAUCGACCCUUUAUGCAUUUUCGAACAGAAACAGAUCGACGAAAAUGGAUGCCCUUUCACCGUGCGUCGUCCGCUGGUCGGAUUCCACUCCUGUGAACAGACCGUGCCUCUAGAAAUCCUUGAGCGGGGGCUCUAUCGUACAGAGGACGGCGAGGACCAGCCUCGUCUCCAUGAUGGAUAUCGCUACGGGCCAGCAUUCUGGCGCAUCUAG